GUCACACUUUACCGGACUCCUAGCGAAACAAAUGUAGCUGCAGUUACAGCCAACACAAAAUAUGUACUGGAUAUUCCAUUGCAUUUAAAAGACUGCAUAGAAAAAGUUUUGAAUUUUUGCUGACAUAUCUGGAUGUGUCAUGAGGAUACUUCAAGUCAAGAGUGACCUGCACAAGCAAACAGAAAAGCAGAAGCAUUCAUGGAUAUAGUUGACACCUUUAACCAUUUAAUUCCCAGUGACCAGUUGGAAGACUCCUUAAUAUUAGGCCAAAACCUGGAAUGUGAAGCAAGUGAAGAUUUUGGAGCUGGUCAGAACCGACCAGAAGAUUCACUGAAGAACAUGCUCAGUGACAAAGAUCCCAUGUUUGGAUCUGCUAGCGCUCAGUUCCAUCUCUUGGGGAAUGAUAAUCCUAACUUUCUUGCCCACUCGACAGGCCAAGACAUGAGUGUACCAGAGAGCAGUCAGAGUUCAACUUGUGGAGAGCUGACCCAGCAGAGUUUCCCUAGGGGGAGGAGGAAAGCAACUGCUGCUCAGUUACAGAGGAAGCCAACAAACACAACAGUACAAGAAUCAACCAGAGGUGCUGGGAGAGGUUCACAAAUAAGGCUCUCAGGGCCCUUAAGAAAACCUUAUAGCAGCAGACCUCAGGGAAGACCUGGUAGAAGAGGAGUGGAGAAGCACGGAGAGGCAGAAUCUAGUGGGAACUCGGAGGGCUCCAGCAGCUCCCUGGAGAAAAGAGAGGAGUUACUUAACCGUCGGUUUGGAAUUCACGAAGUUGAUCCGUCAAUGAACCCUGUUGUCGUGUUGAGGAGAUUAACGGUCACUGUUGGAGGAUUCAAAAUCGAGCUGCUCCCUGGGCCCUCCCAGUCUUCUGGAACAGAAGAUACGGCCCCAGCGCAGUCUCUCAACUUCCAGGAAAACUCAGUAAAUGCAGAGAGCAUGGCGUUUGACUCAGGACAAAACCAACCUUUUAAUGCUGAGUUGGCCUCAGCGACCACAGAUGACGUGAGCACCAGUCAGCGAUGCAGUGAUGACAUGCCCAUGGUUUUGGGACCAUACGUAAAUCCAAAUGAUGUACAAAAUGCUAGUAGUCCUGUGUCAGCUAAGCCCAGCACAGUAAAUUCUGCAUCUGUGGACACCAAAGUCACUGACCAAAAUGAUCCUUCAAAACAGAUUGUUUGUACACCUCAGCACAAGAAUGGGACAAAGGAGAAAAGGCUCACAGCCAAAAAGCCAUUUAAAUCCAGCCAGUCACUUUCUUUAGCCAAAAACAAACAUCCAGUAUCCACCAGACCAGGUGUGCUAGGGAAGGCCUCCAAACAUCUCCCACUGAAAAAGCUUCCAAACGCUACAUCAGAAAAUCUUCAGAUCGCCAAAGGCAAGCCUGCCAACAUUGCCUUAAAACGGCCUGGGGUAUGUCCUAAAACCCCACCAGCAGAAAAAAUACAAAAGCUAAGAGACGGGCAUACUGUGAAACACAACCCAAACACGUCUGAGGCUCUCUCACCUGCAAUCAGUAGAACAGCGGGCUCUGACCACAGUCCAGGAGUGCAGAUGGGCGUCAAGAAGCCCCACACUCACAAGAAACUGCAAAAUGCUCUGCCAGGAGUGAGCAAGCCAGAACAAGCCGUUAAGGACGUGUGCACAGAUGAGGAGCAGGAGAAGCUGAAGAUGAAAAGACCAGAGAAGAUCCAUCAAAGGCACAAGAGUAGAAAUUCCAGGAGCGUAUCAGUGGAUGAGCCGCAGUUGUUUGUCCCCGAUAACGCGCCUGCUGCGAAAAAGGAGACUGUGGAGAGCGAUCCUUUGAACAAUGAUACCGUGUGGGAUCCAAGCAAACACUGUGGAUUAUGCAAGAAACCCCACAACAACAGGUUCAUGGUGGGCUGUGGUCACUGCGAUGAUUGGUUUCAUGGUGACUGUGUGGGACUGGAUCUGUCAAAAGUCCAGCAAAUGGAGAAAGAAGACCAGGAGUACGUGUGCUUGAAGUGCUGUGCAGAGGAGGAUAGCAAAACUAGCUCAGAGACUCCUGCCCAAGCGACAGAGCGCUCAAAGACAGAUUCCGAUGAUAACCCAGCUUCCAAACAGAAACCUAGUCCACAGCAGUCAGUAACGUCAGGAGGAGUGCGGCCCUCCAGAAGAGACUCUGGGGAAAGAGGGCAGUCAUUAGACGUCAGAGACUCAGCACACAAAACAGGAUCUUAUUCGAAACAUAACGACAAGCGCACAAAGAUCUCACCUGCAACAUCAAAGAAACCAUCUACUGGACAGAUUAGGCGCAGUGUUCGUGAUUCACUCAAGGAAAUUCUCUUAAAAAGGUUGAAGGAGUCUGAAAUAAAGGUUGCCCCGGACCGGCCUGCUGAACUGGCUAAGAAAAUUGAGAAAGAGCUUUUUGCUUUGUUUCAAAGCACUGAUAGCAAAUAUAAAAACAAAUACAGAAGCUUAAUGUUCAACCUCAAAGACACAAAAAAUAAUGUGUUAUUCAAGCGUGUUCUCAAAGGGGAGAUUUCUCCAGGGGAUUUAGUUCGAAUGAGCGCAGAAGAACUAGCCUCCAAAGAAUUGGCUGCGUGGAGACAGAGAGAGAAUCGUCAUGCAAUUGAAAUGAUAGAGAAAGAACAGAGAGAGGUAGAGAGAAGACCAAUUACUAAAAUCACUCACAAGGGUGAAAUCGAAAUUGAGAACCAGGAGCCUGUGAAAGCACCUGAGGACAUUGCAGAAGAGGUUGAGCCUGCGCCCAAAACACCUGAAAAGCCUGAAGACAAGCCCAAGGAAACAAAGGUUGACUCACCUAAGAAAGCAAAAGAUACAACCAGCUUGCACAAGUCUCACCUGUUUGACCUUAACUGCAAGAUCUGCACAGGUCGAAUGGCUCCACCAGUGGAAGAGGCCACCACUAAAGUAGUGAAAGUAGCCACCACUGUGAUUAGGAGACAGUCCACCACAGAUGGAGAAGUACAGCACACGCCUACCUCUGCUGUGGCUGAUGACCUAUCCCUCAGGGCUUUGGAAGAAGGCCUGCUCAAUUAUGAGGGGAGGUCAGAGAGCUUGGGCAGUAAAGAGGAUACAGCAGCGUUCCUUGCCAGCUUGGACAGUCUAUGGAAUGGUUUUGUUGAUAUGCCAGCUGUAGCUAGGUUUCUAACAAAGGCAUAUCCAGUCUCAGGAAUUUUGGACCACCUGACUGUGGAUCUGCCGGACAGUAUCCAAGUCGGUGGGCGAAUUUCACCUCAGACAGUUUGGGACUAUGUGGAAAAGAUCCGUGCCUCUGGUACAAAAGAGGUGUGUGUGAUUAGAUUUGCUCCUGAGACAGAAGAGGAUGAAAUUUCAUACACACUACUCUACGCCUAUUUCAGCAGCCGCAGAAGGUAUGGAGUGGUUGCCAAUAAUCUCAAGCAGGUCAAAGACAUGUAUCUCAUUCCUCUGGGGUCAAACGAGAAAAUCCCACACCAGAUUGUUCCUUUUGAUGGACCAGGAUUGGAGGCCAACCGUCCAAACCUUCUCCUUGGGCUCGUAAUUCGACAGAGACCUAAAAGGGACUAUGGGGUAAUUCUACCCAAUGAACCUGCAGAGCCUCCGAGUUUCUUAAUGGAGAGCAAACCUCUGGUCAACUCUGUACGGCAACCUGCUGAACCUCGGGAGAAAGAAAAUCACUUUAAGAGCAGCUUGGUUUUAACUCACCCAAAGGAAGCCUCACAUAUACUCAAAUCAGCUGUAGAUGAGUCCAUAUUGAGUAUGCUACCUGUCGAAAAAGAUACCUUUGUUGCAGAGGUCACUCAGCAAGAGCCCGCUAAACCAUUACGUUUUCUUCCAGGAGUAUUAGUCGGUUUAGGGGGACAAAUGCCACCUAUGCUUGAUACAACCGACAAGUCUCUAUCGGUUAGCGACAACAAAAGGGAUGUUCCAGGUAUCAUAGAGAAUCAAGCUUCCUCAGCUGAUGGUACAAGCCAAGGAGGUGUUUCUGCCAAAACUCCACCCAGCGCUCCCAGACUGGAUCGAUUCAUUAUCAAGAAAAAAGAUUCCAAAACUGUUAAAACAGAGCCUGGGUCAUCCAGCUCAAAUGAGAAGCCCAUCUCACCGGUUAAAGAGAAAGCAAACGAGGUUAGCAGUGUCACCUCUGUGUCACUGAGAGAAAAGCCUCCAGAUGUUUCCACUGAGACAUUCCUCGCUAGCCUCUCUACAGCGCAGCUCACAGAUGAGUCUGGCACCAAUGCAGUGCCGACCAAUGUGGAUGCUACCAAUGUGACGCAGACCAGUACGGCUGUUACAAGUAUGACACAGACCAAUACAGAUGCUACAUCUAAGCAAGAGAAGCUUGAAGCAGCCUCCUUUCCAGUGUCAGAUGUUUCUGUAGGUGGUAGCACUUCUGUUGCCUCCAAAAGUGAAAAUAUAUCGUGCCCAACAAAAAGUCUGAAACAACCUACAAGUGGUAUUUUAAAAAAUACCACUGUGUCAUCUGAGCCUUUGGACUCCAAAUCUGUUAAGGUUGAAGAAAAAGCUUAUAAUGCUCCUACAAUGAAUGCUGACAAAUCUCAACUCAAGGCCUCUAUGCUACCAUUGCCACACCAGUCUCAGGAGUACAAACCUGUGGAAGAAAUCCAGACCAUUACCACUAUUUCAUCAAGUGGCAAAAACGAGGACAUUAAACAGUCAAGGCUCCGACUACUGAAUCCCCAUCCAUUCACCCCUUCAAGUCCGGGACCUCUAGCUGCUCCCUUUCCUCCCAUACACACUGGCACACCAGACUAUCAGUACCAUCCAACACCCGUGCAGACAUACCCUCCUCAGACUAGUCCAGCACCUUUUAUGCCCUUGCAACAGCAGGUACAACCCAAUUUUGGUUACCCCCCUGCUCCUCCUCCUCCUCCUCCAAUCAUGUUUCCCCACCCUGAGCCCCAAGGUCAGAUUCAUCCUACUCCCUGGACUCAACCCGUCCCUCCCCAAGCAUGCUUUCCCCCCGUACCAGAUGCUGUAACUGGACCUCCGCUGUCUUACGACACAACGAGGUAUGCCGAUUCUUCCGAGCCCAUGCCAGGGCCUUUAAUCAAAGAAGAGAAGAAAACAGAACAGCUUUACUCCGACCCGUGGGUCAGGCAGCCGAGACGCUUGGAGGACGAUUACAAGAGGGAGGAUCGUGACCACCAUGGACGACACCACCACAAGAGCAGGCACUACGAACGUGAACAUGAGAGAGAACGAGGGAAGCACUCUAAGAAAGAAGGGCACAGGGACAGGAGUCGCAGUCGCAGUCACAGUCACAGUCGUAGCUGCAGCCGCAGCCGCAGCCGCAGUCGUAGUCGCAGUCGAGAGAGACACCACAGCCAUGAAGAGAGGUAUAGAGAUGGCAGGAGCCGGCAUUCAAAAGAUGAUAGACAUGGUGAAAGACGGAAAGACAGACAUCACAGCGAUGACUACAGCAGUCGGCACAGGGACAGAGACAAACACAGACGCGAUUCUGAUUAUGAGAAGAAAAGGAGAGAUUCAAGGGACAGGCGCUCAUGACUGAACUCAAGGUCACUUUCAGUUUUCCUUAUACGUGUUCUUUUUUUAAAAAUAUUUACAAUACAGUAGAAAUAAGGUAUUAAAAACGUUCAGAAAGCAGACUUUUUAUUACUGGAAAAAAAGACAAAAACAUUAGACUUUUAGUUUUUAUCACAUUUUGAAUUCAAAUUUGAAUGAAAAGAAAAACAAAAAAAGAGUUCCUUCUCAUUUGUUUCUGGUUUAGAUUUGCUGUGUUGACAUACAGCAGGUGUCACAGAUAGAUUUAUACUUAGCAUGCUACCAUGAAUUAUAAACAGCUGGAAUAGGUUGUACCAUGGUUUAACCAUCAAAGCAGAUUUUUUUUUUUGUUGAAUGCA